UGAGGAUUGUCUGGUAUUGAACAUAUGGGCGCCACCGAUAAGUGAUAUAAAAAUGGUGGACAAGCCAUUAAAACCGGUGAUGGUAUGGUUUUACGGUGGUGGGUUUGUCGUUGGAUCCAUAUUUCAAUUUCCUAAUUAUAACGGCUCAGUGUUGGCCACACAUGACAUCGUGUUUGUGUCCAUUAACUACAGGUUAGGAGAGUUUGGUUUCAUGUAUUCGGGCGAUGAGUCUGCGCCCGGAAAUAUGGGUCUCUAUGACCAACAACUGGCACUUCAAUGGGUGAAGAAACAUAUUCAUAAGUUUGGUGGUGACCCUAAUAUGGUUACAAUAUUUGGUGAGAGCGCCGGUAGUUGGUCGGUGUCGGCGCAUAUAUUGUCUCCACUAUCUAAGGGUCUGUUCCGGAGGGCUAUUAUGGAGAGUGCGGCCCAACUAUCCUCCAGACACCGACCAAUUAUCACUAAAACUGAAGCCAUUUCUUAUGCAAAACAAUUGGCCAAUCAUUUCAAUUGUACGGACAAUAAGUGGGUUCAAUGCUUACGAGGAAUCGAUGCCACACUCAUCCAAGACUAUCACAUACAGACCAAUAAUACAUAUUAUAUAAACACCAUAAUAGGCACAGACAUACUGCCCUAUUCAGCACAGGUAGCCUUUGAGAAGAAAGAGUUUAAUAGAGAUAUUGAACUAAUAGCCGGAGUGACAGAACUGGAAGGGUCAGCAAUGGCCUACUUUCAGUACCCGAUAUUACAAACAGAUAAUGUGACAAAACAAGACUUCAAUGAUUUGGUGCAACAAAAUGAGCCCACAUUUCAUAAUUUAAACGUCAAGAAUAUCAGUGAGUUUUAUCUGCGAGACAUCGAUGACACGAAUUCCAGUGCCAUUCGCCACCAAUUCUUCUCGUUCUACGGCGAUGUACUCAUCACUUGUCCGACAUAUCUGUUCGCAAAACUCUUCGCCCAAAACACUGCGAAAGAAAAUAAUGUCUUCUUCUAUGAGUGGACCUAUGGAUCAUCCGAUAUGGCUAUAGACAAGAUAAUGGGUGUCACCCACGGGGCUGACCUACGCUAUACCAAAAUCAGUAUUAAAGACAUGAAUCCAUGGAAUGAAAACCUACUGAAGAUGCUUGAGUUCCUAUGCUAUAUACAUCAUCUGGAAAUUAAUAGUUAUGUUGACGUGAAUACGAGCUCUGGUAUAGUGAGGGGACAGACCAUACAAGUGCUGAAUCAGACAAUCAAUGAAUUCUUGGGAAUACCGUUCGCUGAGCCACCCGUCGGUGACCUCAGUGAGGAUUGUCUGGUAUUAAACAUAUGGUCGCCACAAGUAAGUGAUAUUAAUGUGGUAGAUAAGCCAUUGAAACCGGUGAUGGUAUGGAUUUACGGUGGUGGUUUUACCUUUGGAUCCAUAUUUCAAUUUCCUACUCAUAACGGAUCCGUUUUGGCCACACAUGACAUCGUGUUUGUGUCCAUUAACUACAGAUUAGGAGCCUUUGGUUUCCUAUAUUCGAGCGAUGAGUCUUCUCCCGGAAAUAUGGGUCUCUAUGACCAACAACUGGCACUUCAAUGGGUUAAGCAAGAUAUACAUAAGUUUGGUGGCGAUCCUAAUAUGGUAACCAUAUUUGGUGAGAGCGCCGGUAGCUGGUCGGUGUCGGUCCACAUAUUGUCUCCACUAUCUAAGGGUCUAUUCCGGAGGGCUAUUAUGGAGAGUGCGGCCCAACUUGAGGAUUGUCUGGUAUUAAACAUAUGGUCGCCACCGGUAAGUGAUAUUAAAGUGGUAGAUAAGCCAUUGAAACCGGUGAUGGUAUGGAUAUACGGUGGUGCUUUCGUAGUUGGAUCCAUAUUUCAAUUUCCUAAUUAUAACGGAUCCGUUUUGGCCACACAUGACAUCGUGUUUGUGUCCAUUAACUACAGAUUAGGAGCCUUUGGUUUCCUAUAUUCGGGCGAUGAGUCUUCGCCCGGAAAUAUGGGUCUCUAUGACCAACAACUGGCACUUCAAUGGGUAAAACAAAACAUACAUAAGUUUGGUGGCGAUCCUGAUAUGGUAACGAUCUUUGGUGAGAGCGCCGGUAGUUGGUCGGUGUCGGCGCAUAUAUUGUCUCCACUAUCUAAGGGUCUGUUCCGGAGGGCUAUUAUGGAGAGUGCGGCACAACUGUUCUCCAAAAAUAGACCAUUGAUUACCAAAACUGAAGCCAUUUCUGAUGCAAAACAAUUGGCCGAUCAUUUCAAUUGUACGGACGAUAAGUGGAUUCAAUGCUUACGAGGAAUCGAUGCCACACUCAUCCAAGACUAUCACAUACAGACCAAUAACACAUACCAUAUAAACGCCAUAAUAGGCACAGACAUACUGCCCUAUUCAGCACAGGUAGCCUUUGAGAAGAAAGAAUUUAACAGAGAUAUUGAACUAAUAGCCGGUACGACAGAACUGGAAGGUUCAGCACUGGCCGUAGGGCCCACAUUUCAUACGCUAAACGUGAGGAAUAUCACCGAAUAUUAUCUGCGAGACAUCGAUGACACGAAUUCCAGUGCCAUUCGCCACCAAUUCUUCUCGUUCUACGGCGAUGUACUCAUCACUUGUCCGACAUAUCUGUUCGCAAAACUCUUCGCCCAAAACACGGCUAAAGAAAAUAAUGUAUUCUUCUAUGAGUGGACCUAUAAAUCGUCGGACACUCCUAUUGAUCAGUUACUGGGAGUCACCCAUGGGGCUGAACUGCCCUAUAAAACCGGAUUCAUUGGAAAAAUGGCCGCAUUUGAUGGA